AUGGUGUGGCUGGACCCGACAUCGACGCUGCGCUGCGUCAGCUGGUCGCUGUUGCCGCUCAUGCUACUGGAGACUGUGCUCGUAGGCGUGAUCCUCUGGCGCACCUUUCAUCAGAUCUACUGGAGCUCACAUCCACGUCGCAUUUUUCUCCACAUUGUGCUCUUGUUGUCGUGUGUGUUGCGUCUGAUCUUCUGGCUGGGAAUGUGCAACUCGUCCGUCCUAGCCUUCGGAAUGGCGUGUAUGUGGUGGUCCAACUCGAUGGUGUUGCUGUGCACAGCGGCAGUGAUCUUCCAGUGGUCCAGCGCCGUGACAGCCGGACGCGUGACCGCUCAGGAGCUUCAGAGAUCCAAGCGUAUCACCGUACUGCAUCCACUUGUGUUCCUCCACUCGGUCCACUUAAUCUGGACUAUUUUUAUGGGGAUCCAUGUGAUGACACACGGAUUAAGCACCUCCAGUGAGAUGGAGGACUACCCAGAAGACGCCCAUGCUCUUCUAAUAACUUAUCGAAGUAUCAACAUCGCCACACUUGCUUUUGACGCAGUUGUGGCGUGUUACGUGGCUGUGCAGCUACGAGAACGACUGCUGUCGGCUGCUAUGGCCGACGAUAUGAAGAAGAAGUCCGUGGUGCAGAUGACGCUGCUUAUGGCGCUCCUCACUGCGUCAGUGACACUGCAGAUGAUCAUGGACGUGCCUGUUUUCCUCUCUGGGCUUGAAGAAUCAUGGAGUUCUCUGACCUUCCAGAGCUUUUGUGUCAUCAAGUAUUUCGUUCCAGGGUUAUUCUUGAGCUUAGCCUUCCUCUAUAUUAUGCGUCGUGUGGAACAGCGCGAACCUCCUCGAAUGGUUGUUGUACCGAACCGAUCAUUGGUCGAGUUCGUCGAGUGCUCGUCGCCCGACUGUGUGUGGUGUGCACACCAUCGACGCUAUCAUUUAGACCAGACCAAGUGGGAUAUGACGCUCAUGACGUCCUUCUCGCCGCGAACGGUGGACUCGAGUUACCAUUCGUCCACACACGCGAACUUGUCGCAAGGUUCCUGGUCCUCUGGCAGUACGCCGGAGGUGAGAGACAGCCAUUACAGACUUCACCAGACUUACCACGGACACCACACUCGAGGACAUGUACCGUACCCUGUCCAGAUACAUGGAGACUAUGAACCUCCCAGAGAAAUCCCAGGAAGACGAGGAGCACGGUACAGCUGA